AUGAGAAUGUCUGCAAACGAAAACGAAUCUGUGGACAUUCAUCUUUACGCGAAUCGACGUUCUAAUUCGGUAAAAUAUUUUAUUCUACCUUUUUUAUAUAUUAGUGUAUAGUUAUUAUCUUAACGCCCCUAAUACCCUAAUGUUUUUUGUGAAAAAUAAAAUAGGUAUUAGGUAGUGUAAAAAUUAUGUAAACCCCCAUAUAAACUAUAUAAAUUUAUAAAUGCAUAUUCAAAAUACCUUUGUUGCCCUUCUCCAAUCAGACCUUGACCAAUUGGUACAUUGCUGUGAAUCCCUGAGGUUGACACUUGAUAUCUCUAAAUGUAUUAAGAUGUAAUACUUUUGUAUCAACAAUCCAAUUAUAUUCAAUUACACCAUCCAUAAUAUUCCAUUCACUUCUAACUUUGUUCGUGACCUAGGUUUUCACUUUUCACUUUUCUUCAAACCUGUUCCCAAAAUUGCAUAUUCAGAAGAUUUGUUGUGAAGCAUUUAAAAUCCUUGGAUUCAUGCAGCGUACUUCUUCUCAGUUUAAAUUGGACCGUUUGUUAAAAAUACUUUAUUGCUGUUUAGUCCAACCUAUUCUUGAGUACAGAUAUGUUCUUUGGAACCCUAAUUUAUCUAUAGAUACUAAGCGAUUGAAAGGGUUCAACAAAAAUUCCUAUCAUUUGCUGUUUAUUCUUGAUUUAUUAUUGAAAGGUUCAUUGCCCUCCACACAAUUAUGAACCUUUCCGUAAAAUUUUAAAUUUAUUUAGCUUUGCUGAUCGUCUGCGAAUAUAUCAUUUCUUUCUUAACUUCUAUCAAAUUCAAUAGACUGUCCUGCUCUUCUUUCAGAAAUUAAUUUUAAAGGCCCCCCUUGUAAUACUAGAUCUACUGGUUCCUUUGUUAUUCCCUUUUCCUCUUCUAAUUAUAUACUAAGUAUACUAGGGUCUUGUUAAUAAAGACUCCACUUUUAGCUAAUAAACUAUUUAUCAACUGGGUAUUUUAUUGCUGUUAUUAUUUUUUUAUUGUUUAUGUUAUCAUAUUAUCCCACAUCAUACAACGAUUUUGAGUCUCAGAUUGUAUUGGUAUAAAAAUAAAAUUAAUAUUAAAAUACCAGUGAAUGCGACUAGUAUGAAUAAACAUUAAUUUUAAGGAUGUAUAAAUUUUAAGAAUGUUAAUAUUAGACCUAAUCAUUUAAGAAAUUAUAAUACCAAUAAAACACCAACUAUCAGAAUUCUCAACAUUUGUUUGUACUCAUUUGCCAUGUACUAAAUUAAUGUUGACCAAAAACUUAAUUUUUUAUCUUCUCUAUUAUUCUUUGACAAGAUUGUUUCCAUUCAUUAUUGAUAUUAGUCAAUUUAAAUUCUGCUUGUUAAACUAAAUCCUACACUCUUUUCUUUGUUCUAAACAUUGCAUUCGUAAUUACUUAGUAAUUGAUUCAAAUUACUGGAUAUUUUAAUGUGAUUUUAAUAAUUUUAAACACAGUAUUGCCUAGCACUUGUACAUUAUUUCAGCCAGUCUUGGAAGGAAAAUUCCCUUCUACAUUCUUAAUUAGGUACUAAGUAUGAAUAAUUAUAUUUUAUUUUUCAUCUUACAGAUUGAUUUGGAAGACAUUAACCGUAUGGAAAGACCUAGUCGUGUUUUCAGUAGUCGUCAUAACUUAAUGCCUCCAGCAGUUGGAGGAUGGUCUCAUUUACGUAAUUUAAACAGAUUUGAUUAUUGUUUGAUAAUUUGUAAAUGUGUUUAAUAAAUUAGUUUUAGAUCCUGUAGAACAAGCUGAACAAUUUCGUAGACAAUAUCCUUAUUAUUAUGAAACCCCGUAUACUUCACGAAUUGGUGGGAGUAAGUCAUUUUGAAAUUACUUAAUUAUUUACUUUUACUAAAUAAUUCAUUUCUAUUACGAUAAUUUAUUUAUACAACAUUCAAAACAUAUAUCUAGAUUUAAUUUCUUUAGAUUGAAUAAAAGUAUAAAAUUGAUCCUAUUUUUUCCACAAAAUAAUUAAAUUUGAAUUUGAAAUUUCCUUUAUUAUCUUAGAACUGCAAAAAAAAAAAAGCUAUUGAAAUAAUAUUUAGCAUUCUAUAUAAUAUGUUAUAAAAAUAAACAAAAAUCUAUACUGUCAUUUUUAAAAAUAUUGUCAGCAAGAUUAGAUAUUAUAUACAUAUAGUUUUUGUUUACCUAGUCCUUAAAUAUUUAAUUGUAUACAAAUAGGUGCUAUUAAUUAUUAUUUUUUAAUAGGUACAGCAAAUGGAGAUACUACAAGAAAUAGAUCUCCAUUUGUUAGAUUUACAAUUACUGAUCCAGAAACUCAACAAAUAACCGCUGCUGGACAAAUUCCAUUGAAUAGUCCACCAACAACUACUCAAGCAAACAUUUUAACAUCUAGUUAGUUUCAAAAAUAUUUUCUUAUAUUAAACAAAUGCUAUAACUUUUGUUCUGUUCAGUUUUUUUUUUUUUUUUUUUUAUAAUACAGUAAAAACUUGAUUAAUCGUCUACAGUUUAUACUGUCUGUAAACAAUUUUUCAAAAGAAAUCUUGCUACGAUGUUUAAAGUAAAUUAUCUUUUCUGAAAGGAAAUUUUGUCUAGUUGGUACAUUAGACAGAUUAUUUUUUUAAUUUUGAAAUAGGUUUUCGAAAUAAAUGGAAAAAUCCCAAAACAAUUGUUUGAAUAAAAUGAUAAAUAUUUUUGAUAUGUUGUGGCAUUACCGAUUACAUUGUUUUUAAUUUUUGCAAAUUAUGUUUUCUAAGAAACCAAAAAAUGAUGAAGAGGUUAUUUUUGUUCCUUUUAAUAUUUAGCUACUGAGAAAGAAACAUCAUUUUUUGAUAUUUAAAGUAUUUUUCAUAAUAAUUGGGAAAAUCAAAAAAGAUGAAAAAUAAGAUUUUUUCAAAUUACGGUUUCAUUAUUAAACAUUUUUAAGAUUAUAUUUUUUUCCCAGAAACCUUUGUUCAAAUGUCAAGAAAAAAAUUUAUUUUGAAAGAAAAUUUUGUCUAGUUUAUGAGUAAAAAAGCCGUUACAACUUGAUUUGUCUAAUUAUCAUGGGGCACUGCAUAUUCCAUACUAGAUACUUGAUUUGUUUGAACAAUAUGUUUCUUUAUUAACUUUUUAUAAAAUCUUUUUUUAGUAUUCAAUCAAAAUAUUUAUAAUUGAUAAUAGGAUAGAACACUUAAAUGAAAAUUUUAAAUUACAAAUAAAUAACAACAAUGUACAAAUGCUAAAAGUUAUGAGCCCUGGUAAUAACAUUGUUAGUUUAAAUAUUAUUAUAGUUAUAAAAAUAACAUAACUCCAAACUAAUAAAAAAAAGAAAAGGUUAUUGAUGUUUGACUAAAUUCUCAUGUUUCUACUUUUUAGAUAAAUAUACUCCAGUUAGAAAAAAUAAAAAUUGUUUAACUUUGUAUUGAUUUGUUUAAUCUGAAAAAUAUAUUUUAAUGGUAUUUUUAGAUGCUGAAUUAGGAUUAGCUAGUGAUCCCCUAAAUGAAACAAGUGAUGACGAAUAUUUGGGCCUUAGAAUUAGGAGAUACCAUGUUGAUCAAAAUAGGCGUUAUAUGGACCAUUUCAAUGCAGUUGGACAAACUCCGCAACAAUUACGAAACUCAAGAUCUGGAAGACGAUCAAGGAGAUAUACAGAACAUCCUUAUAGCCAUCCUUAUACGAGAAGUAAUUUCGAUAAUAAUCCAUCCAACAGUAGAUCCCAUCAUAAUAGGCGUGCUCGUUUCUCUUCAACAAACCGUGGUUAUAAUGAUUCUGUAAGUGAAUAAAUAUUUCUACCUACAUUGUUUAAUAUGAAUUUAAGUUCAUUUUAAAUACCUGCUAAUUAAUGUGAUAUUAGACAAAUAUUAUUUUCAACUGAAACAUUUAUACAAACAAAAUGAGCUUAUUGGGAUAGAAAAUGUUACAGAAUAAAUUAUAUUAUAUUAUAAUAUUAAUAUUAUAUAUAUUUACAACUUCAUAUAAUUUAUUUAUUAUUUAGACACCUGAAAGAGCUCAAACUCCAGAACAAGAACUUCCAGAAGUACUUGAAGAAGAUAUGGAACAUGAAGACCCAUUUGAAGACGAUUAGUAAGCUAGUAAAAUUAAUGUUUCAAUUUUUAAUAUUUUAAUAUUAAGAUUUCAUUGACAAAUAUAUUUAUUUUAUGUACAGUCUUACGAGUCAUGAUAGUACAUCAACUUUUUCACUUCGUUCAACAUAUGUACAUUCCGAAAACGAAAAUUCUAUUGAAGAUGAAGAAGAUAGAGUUACUUUAGAUGUACCUAAUGAAAUUCCAAGAACAAGAGUAGUGCCAUUUGUUAUGUCACCUAUACCAUUACAAUUACCUUUUAGUCCACAUGCAGAUCCAUCUGAUGCAUUGGAUAUACCAACAGCAACUAUAAACAAUAUAUCUACAGGAAUGCAAUUUGAUAAUAUUGAUGAUAAUCCCAUUCCGGUUUUCAGGGACCUUGAGUAAGUUGUCCAAAGACAUUUUGCAUUUUUGAGUUAUUAUUUUGUUUUAAUGGAUAAAAUUAUUUGGCCAAACAGAAAUUAUUAUUGAAAUUUCAACAUGAGUUUCAUUAUAAGUUGUUCUUUGCAAUCAAAAAAUAAAUUUAAGUGUAAUGCAGUUGUUAUUUUUAUCUUCAUUUUAGUUCAAAUAUUGCCAAUAUAAUACGGCAUUUAAAAACACGUUUAACCGAACUAUGCUGAGAAUCAUAUUUCAUCAGCAAUGAUUUAUUGUGUACAGAUAUAAAUUAAAUAACGUUAUGCCUAUUACCUACCCAACUUCCCACCUACAACAGCGGCAUACAUAUCAGCAGUAUCAGCUCAUGUUUGUUAGUACUAACAUUGAUGGAUAAGGCAUUCAUUCAAAUCUUGCAAAAUCAAUAGAUUUAAGCCAACAAUUUACAAUAUUUUAUGCAACCUGAUAUUUUUAUUACAAACUGUGCAUUAUUAUUUAGACUAAAAUGUGGCAUGGAUUGAAUUCGGUGAACCUGUGGGGACCUUUUAUUAUCUCUAUUAGGAUAAUCGUUAUUAAUAUUAUAAAAAUAGCUGGAAUUUCAAACGAUGACAAAUUUAACCAUGUAAGAGGUCUUACCUAUGUGAAGGCAUAAGAACAAAUUACUUGUUAUAGCCUGGUAUUGGAAGAUCUAAGAAAAUAAUGACAAGUUGUCAACGCCUGUUGCAGAGAAUGAAUAUGUUUUGUCGACAUCAACGUUCAGUGUUAAGAUAAAGUAGUAGCUCUAAGGGGAUACAUAUUAUAUUUACACAUUUUUAUUAAUAGUUGACAACUGGUUGUGAUAUUUGAUAAAUGCAGUAAUUAUUUUAAACCUCCAAAAUUAUUAUUUUUAUAUUUAAUGUACAUUUUCAAUAAUAAAUAAUUUUUGUUUGUAUAAUGUAUUUAUACAUUUUGUGUAUUUAAACAUUUACUUUAUUUUAUUUUAUUAAAUGAUUUUCAGAAGCCCUCUAUUACCACCAUUCAUCGAGUAUAAUGAACCUCGUAUCAAUUUUAUGUCUGUACGUACUAAUGAUGUAGAUUUACAAAACAGUGUACGUACUACUGAUACAGUUAGUCGGACAAGUGAUGCAGAUUUAAACUCCGCAAAUAAUACAACAAAUGAUACAGUUAAUAAUACACUUAAUGCAAAUGAAACUGUUGAUCAAAAUAAUGAUGAUAAUCAAAAUAUAAUCUUGAGACCUCCAUCAAGUGCAUUUGCACCUACUGUGCAAGAAGGCGACCAGUAAGUUUAUUUAAACUGUUAUACAUUUAAAAUUGUUGAAAUAUUUCUCUGUGUGAAUGCAUCCUAUAUUAAGAAAUGUGUUAUAUGGUAAUAGUGGAUAUUGUCCACUUUUAGGAUAUUCUUAUUUAUUUUAAAAUAAUAGUUUAUUGUUAGUAUUAUUUAAUUAAAAAUAAAAAUAUAUAAUGUAUAGUUAGAAAUAUAAUCAUUUAUUUUCUUACAUAACUUAUAGAUCUGGUGUCACUGAGGAAACUGUAACAGUGCAACAUGCUGAAGAACAUCCAGAAUCUUAUGAGGAACUUAAUGAUCAGUUAACUCGUUUAUUUGAGUGUCCAGUUUGUUUUGAACAUAUUGUGCCUCCAAUUUUCCAGUGUUUAUUUGGUCAUUUGAUUUGUAGUAAAUGUGUAAUAAUGUGUGAAAAUUGCCCAACGUGUAGAAAUUCUUUUAACUCAAAACGUAACUUAUACAUGGAAAAAGUAAAUUGAACUAUAUUUUCAUUAUUAUUUAAAUAUUACCUGUUGUAUUUUUAUAUUAUUAUAUUUUUUUUAAGGUUGGCUAUUUAAUAAAGUUUCCUUGUAAAAAUGCAUUAACUGGAUGUAAGCAGCAGAUGUUCCUUGGUCAAAAAGAAACACAUGAACAAGAAUGUUGUUAUAGACAUUACCAAUGUUUUUUUACCAAUUGUACUUGGAAAGGAUAUUAUCCAGAAUUGCAUGUACAUAUGGUUAAUAGUCAUAGCAGUUGUAUUUUAAAUGGAACAGAUCGGGUACAGUAUAAUAAAUAACUUUUGGAAAAAUUAUAUUUAAAAUGUGUUUUUGUUUUCUAUUUUAUUUUUUAGACUUUUGAUGUUUUUUUGCCUAAUCAUAAUCAAACAUAUAAAUGGUUUUUAUUAGCUCAUAAUGAAUAUUUUGCUGUUAUCGCUCAAAUAUCUGCUCCACCUAGAAGUAUAAAAAUGUAAGGUUCCUUUAUUUAUUUAUUUAUUUACUAAAUAAAUAAAGUAAUACUUUAUUUAAUAUGUGUUAUUGUAUAGUUAUAAAUAUGAAAAUUGAUAGUUCUUUUAUUUUUAUUUGAAAUUAUUUUAAUGAUGAAUGAUUACUAAUCUAUUGAUAAAUGUUUGUUAUUAUUUCUAGUCAAGUAAAUUUACUUGGGCCAGAUGUUAAGGCAAAAAAAUUUACAUUUAAAAUAAAAUUAAUGCAACAAAAGUCUCCAACUGAUACAAGACAAAAAUUAAUAUAUGAGAGAACAACUCUUCCAUAUUCAGAUAUACAUGAUUUAUCAAACAACAAUGUUUUGAGGAAAGAUGUAUUUUCAUUGACUAGUGAUAUGCUUGAAACAUUUACAAAAAGAAAACGUCGCCGCCGUCUGCCAGUAAAUUUAAUAGUUAAUCCAAUUUCUAGUUUGUAA